AUGCCUCCAAAGAAAAGAAGCCGUACUUCGAAUGACAUGUCGCAGACAUACUAUCUUCCAAACAAUAUUCAACAACAACAGCAGCAGCAGCAACAACAACAAUACGGCUAUUAUCCACCUCAGUAUAAUAACUACAAUUACAACAGCAUGUUUCCUCAACAAGCACCUUCUCAACAGGAUCAAGAAAGUGAGAUAGCUCAAGGAGCUCUACUUUUGAGUACACUCAAAGAUAAAGCGAAUGCUCCACCACAGCCAGCACCACAAGUGAAGAAGACCCAAGCAUUCCAAAGAGUGUUCAUACACCGUGUUACCACCAAUCAAGAUAAAACUCUAGUUCCUAUAGAGAGUGAUGCAAGAGAUGAUAAAGAUGAUGAAAAACCUAGAGACGUGGAUAACCAUAGAAUUUUGGGUAAUGAAAAUGAGGUUGUGUUAGGCGCUCCAAACACUAAACAUUCAAACGCUGAUAUAAUUUUUGCUAAUGGUAAUAAUCGUGAAAAGAGACGAGUGGAAAUGUUUGAAAAUUACAGUGAAUUGUACAAGUUCAAAGAACAAAAUAGAGAUGCUAUUUAUCAUAACCAGAGGUUACAUCUGCAGAAAAAAUUGGACUUAUUAUCAAGACCAAAGAACCCAAAUACUGAAGUUGCUGAAUUAUACAAUGAUGAUGAGUUUUUUGAGCAGGAACAAGAUCUCGUGGAGAAACGUGAUUUUGAAUUGACAAGAUUGAAAAAUUGGAGAAGGUAUAGAAGAAAUGAGAAUUUGAAGAAUUAUUAUAAGCAGUCAAAUGAAAUCUACAGAUCAACUAAUGAGUUGUUAAUUGAUAAACUUGAGAGGUUGAAACAAUUCUUUAUAAAGCAAAAAAACCUGUUAAACAAUCUUGACAGAGAGUAUACAGAUAUCAGCUCUACACGUGCAGAGAAAUUUUACACUGGAUUUCGACAAGAACCACAACCACAUCAAUUAGAAUCCUUUCCUCAACCUGAUAAUGAAGCAUUAGCAACAGAAAGUGAUCAUGAUCAUCUAACGAUUCCACAAGAACUUCAAGAUCCACAAACUCAAGACAGCUCCGAAACAGAUACUGGAUUCACGUCAACAAACUCUGCUGUGGUGAUUAAAAGAGGUCCAGGUCGUCCAUCAAGAAAAUCGAAAAUUAAGAAGCCUCAAAGUGCAAAAUCGAAAUUAAACAACACAAUAAUGUCAUCUAUUAUUGAAGGUUUUGCUCCAAUAUUAACAAAUGAUGAAUUUCAGUUAGUGACAAAUGAUGAAACACGUACAAAGAUCAAUUUAACAAUAUCGACGCCAGUCAAUUCAGAUACUGAUAGUAAAAAAGAUCAAAAUGGUGGAAAUAACGGUAGAACAACUACCAGUUCAAGAGCAGUCAGAGAAGCAAGAGAUAGAGAAGGGUAUAGAGAUAAUAAUGCUGCUAUGAAUAAGAUUAUGAAGCAUUAUGUUUCACCAGAUGAAUUAACGUCUGAGAUGAUAGAUGAAGAUUUAAAAUUAUUGAGAGCUGGUGCUAAAUAG